GGAAAAUUAUAAAAAAACAAAUGGGUUGACUUUAGUACAGUGAUUUGCCUCUAAUUGGGCAUGCCGAGGCACCAGUCAGUGUCGCAUUAGAGACGAUUGUGACCUGUAAUUGGACCUAUCAACAAACACAAUUCACUCGUCUUCCUAAGUUCGAAGCCGCCGGACGCAUAUAUAUAUAUCGUUAUCGAGCAUCGUGGAAGUGAUAUCGUUAUUCUCGUGGCUGGUGAAGUGAUCAUCGCAUCCUAACGGGAUUCCCUAUAUUGCGAGUGGAUUGUAUCGAAGCAAUCACAACAAGCGGGAGGAAGAAGGCCUGCACCGCGGGCGCUGUGUGCUGGUGAAUUUGUCGCCUCUCGUAAUCGACACCAUCAUCGUGCUGUGGUGCGAUACACCCAGCUGUACUGAACGAUUGACACGCGAUUCGAGUUGGAAACCAUUGGAUUCGCACUGGACGAUUUGCUCAUGCAAACGCCAUACGACCAUACGUGUUGGGAAUAGAAACAAGCUGUGAUGAUACUGGUGCAGCAAUAGUCAGUAGUGAUGGCAACGUUCUUGGUGACUACAUAUACUCUCAGCAGAACAGCCACUUGAAGUUUGGAGGAAUUAUACCUACUGUUGCAAUGGACUUUCAUCGAAAUUGUAUUGAAAAUGUAGUGAACCAGACAUUUAGACGUGCAAAUGUAAGCUUAUCUGAGAUAGAUGCCAUAGCAGUUACAAACAGACCAGGGUUAUCUUUAAGUUUACUAGUUGGAGUACGAUAUGCUAAGUACCUAUCGAAAAGAUAUAACAAACCAAUCAUUCCGAUACAUCAUAUGGAGGCCCACGCUCUAAUGGCAAGAAUGACGAACAAAAUUCCGCUGCCAUUCCUUUGCGUGCUUUUGAGCGGAGGCCACUCAUUAGUGACAUUUGUCAAGAAUCCCUCAGAAUUCUAUCUACUAGGUGAAACACUAGACGACGCUCCAGGAGAAGCGUUCGAUAAAAUAGCCCGAAGACUAAAACUUCGCAAUCUACCGCAGUAUGCUUAUGUUUCGGGAGGACAGGCAAUCGAAUUGGCUGCAACGUCUAGUCGAGAUCCAUCGAAAUAUGAAUUUCCAUUGCCACUUUCAAUGCAACGUGAUUGUCAGUUUAGCUUUGCUGGUCUCAAGAAUACAGGUGCUCGUCAUAUAUUGAAAGAAGAAAAGUUGUUGGAUCUGGCACCAGAUGCUGUUUUACCGGACUACGAGGAUUUCUGUGCUAGUUUUUUGAAUGCUACGUCAAAACAUAUUUUGCAAAGAACUCGGAGAGCAAUAGUAUUCUGUGAAAAAAUGUUUCUUAAAUCGAAUAAACUUCGAAGCAUAGUUGUGUCCGGUGGAGUGGCCAGAAAUGAUGUUCUGUUUAAUACAAUAUCUGGCAUGGCGAAACAAUAUGAUAUAGAAACAUUCCGUCCACAGAAGCAGCAUUGCACUGAUAAUGGCAUUAUGAUUGCUUGGAAUGGCGUGGAACUAUUAUUAACUAAUGAACAAAUACUGCAUUAUGACGAUAUUGAAGUGUUUAGCAGAGCUCCAUUUAAAAUCAAUCUCAUACAAAAUGUCAAAGAAGAAAGUAUACCGAAUAAAGCAUGAAACU